AUGGAUUCUGAGGCCACGAGACCGACGGAUAAGUCUGGAAAAAGUCGGUUUGUCGUUCCACUUGUCGGUGUCGGAGCUCAGGAGACAGGCCAGUGGACGUCGAUACAUGCACACAUACAUGGACAGACAUAUUUCAAGUGGUCAAGCCCACAUUCAUCACUCUCGCAUGGCCAACAAUCUCGUCCAGCCGGCUCACUCACUCAGCCACACACUCGCAUCCCGGCCCGAGAGGUACGCGGUUGCACAAUUGAUUCGAGGCUGAUACUCUCACGAAGUGGGCUUCUCGUCCAGACAUGGGACCCCCUCGGGGGAGGAUUGAGGCGACGCCGUCGCGAUGACGACCCACUCGGACAGUUUCCCACGACGUGUACUACUGGAACGACCAGCCCCACCACCGUCGUCACCAACACUGGUCCUGCAGCCGCGGCGGACAGGAUGGUUGUGCUUGUGGUGGAGGCAGGUGCCCGCACUUUGACUUCACUUCCACAUUAUCACUUCUCUCACGUCUUGUUUUUUCCACUCUCCCCUUCAACCGCCUAA